CCACCUUCAUCUUCUUCAACCUUCUCUCUCUCUCUCUCUCAGAUUUUCUUGCUCUUCACUUCUUCCGUGACAUGCCACAAGUCGAUUUGGAAACCCUAGUUGCGGCCUGCGCCGGGGGCUCAAUGGAUCGGAAAAUCGCCUGCGAGACGCAGGCCGAUGGCGGAGACCAUGACCGGCCGGAAGACGAAGCCGCCGACGCCGACGAACCGGUUGUGGCGGCGGAUUUCCCGCCGGAGUCGUUCUGGCUGUCGAAGGACGCCGAGUACGACUGGUUCGACCGGAACGCCUUCUACGAGAGGAAGGACUCCACCAAAGGAAGCAACUCCAACUCCACGAACCUGCAUCCGAAUUCGAACAACAAUUCGCAGCGGUUCUCGAAGAACUUGAAGUCCAAGGCGGCGAUUAUUGGCCUACCGAAGCCGCAGAAGACGAACUACGCCGAUACGAAGCACCGGAGGAACUGUAAGGUCGGGAACGGGAGGUUGUUUCCGAAGCGGUCCGGAUCGGUCGGGAAAUCGACGGACGGGUCGAUGAUCGAGCCGUCGUCGCCGAAGGUUUCGUGCAUGGGGAGGGUCAGAUCGAAGCGGGACCGGAAGCGGCGGUGGAGGAACCGGCAGCGGUCGAGCAACGACGCGUCGUCGAUGGAGAAGUCGGUAAAACCGGUCGAGAGACGGAAGUCCGGGUUUCUAGCGAGUUUUCGGGGGUUGUUUCGGCACGGCCGCCGAGGUAAGUCGAAGAGUGACAGCCACGCGCCGUUUGGUGCGGCGGAGUCGCCGCCGAGAAGGAGCAGCAUGGCGAGGAGAGCGGCGUUCGACUACGAAACGGCGUCGUGCGACUCGCUGCCGAGGCAGAGCACGGAGAGCGAACCGCCCGGUCUGGGCGGGAUGAAGCGGUUCGUGUCGGGUCGGAAAUCCGGGUCGUGGGUCGGGGAGCACGGCAUCGACGUCGCGUAAAAGCGGCUCCGGGGCUCGGGAAUCGAGAUUUCUUGAUCCGACGGCGAUCUGUGGGGGGCUCCACAAGCGACUCGGGAAAGGGGAGGACGCAAAGUGAGUGCGUGCGUGGCGGUCGUGAAUGGCAGUCUAGAAUGGGACCCGCUUUUUCCCUCUGUUUCAAAAAAAUCUGUCGUUGGGAUGACGUGGCACGUUGAAUAAAAACGGUUUUCCCUCCAAAACGGGGUUUUUGAGAGGUAAAAAAAAAAAGUCUCAUCACCACUUUUUGCCGUUUUCUACAUUUCGUUGUCGUUUGUAUUUUCAUUGUUUUAGAAUUUAGGCGAUGAGGGUGGGUAUUUGUAAAUAGAUAUGUUUUUGCGAGUGAGCAGUUGUAAAUUUCAUUGUAAUUUUGGGUAAUAAGGUUUUGACGAAAUUCUGGUUAA